AAAAAUGUUUCCCUGCUUGUCCGACUCAUACGGGGGAGCAGAGAGCUUUAGGGUUCAGACUAGCUUGGAGAAGCAACCCCUCCCUCCAGAGAGACGCGCUGGAUCUCGAGGUGAUCCUAGGAGGCCAAAUCCACUGCACCUUUGCAGGAAGCACAGAAAACAGAAAAUGGCACGACCAUCACUCAUCCUCACAGGACUCCUGUUAGCAAUUGUCUUACCAGAGUUUCUGGGGGCCGUUCCAGUGGGGCAGGACAAGCAGGAGGAAGCAGCUGCAGUAUCUGAUAAUGUGAAAGCAGAGGCCAUGACCAACUUGAAAAAGCUGGUUCGCAACAGAAGGAAUGUCCCCGUCGUGGCUGUGCCCCAGUUCAAACGUAUGCCUGACUUCUGGGGAUGGUACAAAUACUUUAUGGACACCCACAACCAGGAGGGGGUGGAGGACCUGGAUCGUCUGUAUCUGGCCUAUUUGCAAAACAAACAUAGGUCCGAGGAGGGGCCCACCUUCAACCACUACCUCAAACACCUCAGUGAAAUAUACAGAACCUGUGCUGAUUCCGAUGACCCAGAAUGCAUUGCUGAGUUUACCAGCAAGCCCAAAGCUGCAGUGGUCAUGCCUGCCCCUUUCAAGGCUGCUCCCAUCAGGACGUGCGACCCCUACCUUGACCCCUACUGCCUCUACCCCCUUUCAUCCAAAACUCCCGAACUGGCUCCAGCUAAGGUACCAGCUCCCAUCCUCGCCCCUGUGCUGUCCAUGAAGAGCCCCAAUGGUUACUACCAUUAUGGUCCAGUCUUGGAGCCUUUCCUGAGCCAUGAGCAGCAGUCUGAGCUGCUCAGGAUUUGCCAACCUGAAGAUGUAGAAUGCCUGCAGUAUCACCUGAGAGCAGCGUUUGGGUACCGCCCUGUGCUGGGUCCGGCUCCAUCCUAUUCUGCCCUCAAUUGCGACCCCAAGGACCCUUACUGCAAGCCCCCUUUAGUGCAAAAGGCCCCCAGUGGCUUCUACCACCUGAUGUACUCUAGCUGUGACCCAUCAGUGGAUCCUCUUUGUGUCAGUAAAGCUGCUCCUGCUCCCCUUGCAGCUGGGGAGGCACCCACAGAGCAGCACUGCAACCCUCUCUUUGAUGUGGGCUGCAACCCUCUGAGCGCCACAAGGCUUGCAAGCCUCACCAAACCCGUCCUGGAGUACGCCCCCAAACAUGCACUUCCUGUGGCUCCUCUGACUUGUGACCCACGAACCAACCCGUACUGCAUACUGGCAGCUGCUGCCGCCCUGCGCAGGCCCCCUCCGCAGCUCCCCGAGCACCAGGUCCGCUACCAGCUUGGAGUCCGUGGCAAGACCAAGGAAGGCUACGACUGCUAUGUGCACUAUGACAAGGACUGCAGCCCAGUCAAGUCUGGCUCUGAGGCUCCUGAUGAACCCGUCUGCCACCCUUACGAUCCUAAUUGUGCAAAGUUUGCUCCACCUGGCGGCAUUGAGCCCCAAAGCCUGGAAAGGACAGGCAUUAUUCUUCCAGAUCCUGACUGCGACCCCGAGUAUGACUACAACUGCAGAUUGCGCCGAGCCGAACCCGCCGCCUCUGCCGAUGAGCCAAUAACUGAUGAAGAAAAUGGUGCAAAGGAAGCCGUUGUCCACCAAUAUGCCAUCCCACGCUUUGAGGACUUCCUUCGGGGUGUCCAGAGCAAGCACAAGUAAAUCUUACCACCAGCUAGGCAGUCUUACAGGAGGGAAUUGAGUUCAUAUGAACUUUGCAAGGCAGAACAUUUUUAUAUUAUCAUUAAGACCUUAGCAAGAUUCAAAAACAAAUCCCAAAAUAAUUCAGCUUCAAACUGCAAAGCAGUCUUAAGUUCUUUUACUAUAUGUCAAAGAUUGAGCCAAACAGCACAUAGUGGUAUUAUGAGGAAAUUGUGCAUUAAAUAGUUCAUGUUUGGAUCUUUGUAGAAAAGACAUGUGUGUAUAGAUGUGUAAUAGAGCAGUAGAAUUAGUUCAAAUCAGUGUUAGUGGGAAAGAUGUUGCUGUACAUUAUCCACAAUAUAUUUAAUGUUUUCUUCAGUCUUCAGUUACGUAAAAACUCAUUAAACCUCACCUGUUCAGUUUCUAUCACGUUCUUAAUACAAAAGAUUGACUAAAAAAAAUGAUUAGACUUAAUUUCUUGAAAUGAAACAAUUGUGUCACAGAAACAUCUAGUUCAGAAGCUAAAGAUAAAUGUGACAAUGUGUAGGUAUGAGCUAAUAUUUUACAAAUUUGACUCUGUUGCAGAGAGUUUAUUUAGUGACUGUCGUUUUAAAGCAUCGACUGCCAGCUGUUGUGGAUAAUGCCAUUAUAUUCCUCUAGCAGAUGGCGCGCCCUGUUGGGGUUUCACCAUUUUAUGUUCCAAAUAACUAAUAAAAUAGCUCAUUGUUGCAUCCUGUAUGGUUUAUGUAAAAUGCUUAUGUACAUUUACUAUAUCAUAGCCUCUAAUGAGUUAUAAAAGUGCUAACAUAAUUCAUUUAAAUAGUGUUGUAUUAUCUACUGUACAUAUACUUGUAUCUUAGUGGGAUUUUGUGACAGACCAACACAAAAUAGUGCAUAUCUGGAAAGUUUUUAAAAUCCUUUAAGAAACUCCAGUGCACCCAUUUCUCUUUCAAAGACUCUAAAUAAGUAAAAAGAGUCCAGGGGUAAACUGUUAAUCAUACACUUUACUAGUGUGGCUUUUAUGAAAGAACUGCCAGGAGCAAUACUUUUGCAAGGUAGUAUAAACCAGAAUCCAUCCUUUUUGAAUGUUUCACCAUCUGAAAACUUAAUUCCAACAAUAAAAUUGGGCAUAAAAACAAUCAUGGUCAUGUAAGCUACAGCUGAGCUUGUAAUUUUUACAAUUUAGCUUUUUAGUUGCUUGUUCCCCGCAACAUUUUUUGAAUACAUUUUUCAUACUCUAUCAAUUUUAUAUGCUAUAAACAGUAUUCAAGGACAAAACCUACGAGUCGGUUUCCCCAGGUAAACAAACAAAAAGGACAUCUAACCUCAAAUCUAAUUUUAUUCACAAUUUUACCAACACUCUGGCACAAUGGAAGCAGUUAAAGCUAUGCGAGUAUCUGGAAAAUUAAUUAUGGGGAUUCAAUAACCUCAUUUAUUAAUUAAAAUAUAGGAAAUCCUGCAACAAAAGGCAUAGAAUGAAAAAAAAACAGUGCAGGGAAAGCCACUUACAAUGUUGUCAUUAAUAAGUUUGACAAAGUGCUUGGAAAUUACUUUGUGUAUUGCUUGAAACAAUUGUAAGUCAUUGCUGCACAGUAUUAGUCUCUACCAUUGGUGUUGGAACAUUCUCCUUUCACAGCUAAAUUGCAGUGUAGUAGCUACAAGCAUCAUCUCUUAACAGUUUUUCUAAUUUAAUGUAAUAAUGUAAUGCUAUACGAUGAGUGGACAAAAUUUAAACAAUUCUCCUUUACUUAAUAUGUAUGCAUCAAACAACAUCUGUGCUAAGGAUGAAAGUUUAAAAGCAGUUUACAACAAGAUCAAAUAUCAAAAUUGAUCUCACUACAGGACAUUUUUAUAAUAUUUAGGAAAUACCAUAAGAAUAAUUCUACUGUUUCCUAGUCUAAAAUGGGCUAAUAAAAUGGCAGAUUUGGUUCCUUGUUUACUGGUCAACAUUAUGAAGUUUCUGCAUAUUGAAGGCAAACAGAUCUGACAGACGUAAAGACCCACAACCACUGAGAAUAAUGACAACCUAAAGACGGAGGAUCCUGAAAGCCUCAUAUGUUGCUAACUCCAGUAAAGUGUCUCUUUUCAUAAAAAAAUUACCUUGUUUACAAAGUUACUUUACUUUUAAUUCUGGAUUCUAAUUUUCAGAACAUUAUGAGGUCAUCAUUAUCACAUUUAUCCCAACUUCUGCACAUUUAUGACACUUUGUGCAGCAAAAAGGGGCAAAUAUUCUAAAGCUCGUCUCUGCAAGCUGUUACAAAACUGAUGACCCAAGCAAUCCUGAAACGUCUGUAUUGUUCCAAUAAAUUAGAUUUACUCUGCCAUUACUGUGCUGCACCAUGCAGAGCUACUGUUCCAGUUUGCUUUCUUAUGUCUGAAUUAUGCAUCAUUUAAAUUUUAUUUUUGCAACGUUUUAAUAAAAAGCCAUGGUAGUGUUCAGGUUAGGGUAAGAAAUUACAUUAAAGACAAAGUUUUGCAAAAAAGUGUUUAUAUCUCAGACAAAGUAAUAUGCAGCACAUUAUAGUCACUCUGCAAGAGUUACAUGAAAAAGAAUAAAUUAAUACAAAUAUUUAAACCACUCCACAGCAUUAUGCUUUCUAAAAUAGCUUCAAAGUUGUAUUUCAUGGAGGGGAAAGAUCUGGACUGGUUCGAUAUAAAGAGAAAAGAAGAGGAGGAGCGGCAGGAUAAAACACUAAGAUUAUUUCCACGCUGCAUCACCAAAGAUAUUCAUUGUGAUGUUUAAGAGAAUUUGUGCCCCAAAAGCCAAGAACGUCAACAAGGUUUAAAAAAAUAACUGAACUGUAAUUCCUUCAGCACAGCAUAUAUUGUUUUCCUUAAGGAAAUUUUGUUAUGUUCUCUGUGCUACUGUUUUUUUACUUUGUCAACAAAUUACAGAAAAAGUGUAAACGUGAA